AUGCCUCCCCACAAGAAACAGCGUAUCGACGCCGGAAAAUCGGAUGCGGACCUAUUGACCCUUGUGUCCCUACCUACGACCAAGGCAGCAAUCGAGGCCGCCAGUGAAGCACUGCUCUCCUGGACCUCUCACUGGACGUCCAACUUGAGGCAAAUAUGCAACUACUUGGAUCUCGAUUUGCUCAAUCUGGGGCGCACGUCCAAGAAUUUUCGCGCCUUCUUGCUUGACAAGGCGAACGAGAGGAAGCUGUGGGUGCCCGCGCUUGCGAACACGCCCGGCAUCCCCGUUCGGCCCCCGUUUAUGAGCGAGCCUGCGUUCGCUCAUCUGCUCUACUCUCCGCAUUGCCACAACUACGGAAAAUCGAAGGUUCGGGACAUCACGUAUAGCUGCUUCAACCGAUUGUGCCCGGGUUGUUUCUCAUACAAGACUAUGCGACCUGACUUUGCCGCCUGCGAUGCGACGACGAUUGACAGCAGCGGCACGCUCUCCCGCGUCGUUUUCGACAAUGGCAACCGCGAGCUGUACCGCUUUCGGGACGACUUCGUCGACCGCGUUUUCAAGGAAUUCGCGGCUCUACCGACCCCUGUGACGUUGGAGGCUGUGUCUGCGUUGGCAGAGAAAGCAAGGGCGGCGCACAGAGACACUCUGCCGUACGCACAUGAUCUGCACCUCUGGGUGGAGGAUCAAGAAGAGCAGAGGUUAGCACGCAUAGAAGCUAUCCGGAAACGGCGUUACGAAGCCAUUCUCUCCAGACUGCGAGAGGCGGGUUGGAAGAAAGAGCUCUCCUUGAUGGAUGCGCGCAAACUGGAAGCACUGUCUAACUUUCCCGUCGUUAGGCAGGCGUCCAAGUUGACCAACCGAGGCGAGCCAUGGCCGAAGGUGAAAAUCGCACUCGACGAGUACAUGAAACGCGUGCAAGACAGGCGCCUGGACUGGAAGUAUCGGGCCCUUCUCAAGACACGAUUUGGCAUCCUCGAGAAGGCUCUGGUUGCCCACUACGUGACCCUGCCACGCACCGCCCGAAUGGACUAUCGGCCACAGUACAUCGACUUUGCGUUCACGCCGGAGUGCCGCGCAAUCGUCGACGUGCCCGCGUCUGAACCGGUCACCGUGGAACAGUUCGCCGCCGUCAUCCCCGCGCUCGCGCAGAAGUGGGACGCGGACUGCAGGAAGGCGCUUACAGACUACCUCCUUCCACACCUCGGCGACAUUCCCGCGGAUGUGGAUCCACUCGAACUUGCGAUCUCGUUCUUUAGCUGCGGCUCUUCAACAUUGCUCAGGGAACUCGGGGAACUGCGGUAUCCUACAGUUAUCAAGCACCGUUGUUUUCGAGGCGAUUGUUUCCGACAUGCAAGAAAUUACACCAUCGGAACGUUCUUUGAGGACGACGUAUACACCCGCACGGUGAAGUCUCUUGACUGGACCGAAUUCGAUCUCAAACAGCAACUCCAGUCCAAGCCUGAUAACGAGCUCCAAAUCAACAGCCCGUGGCAGGUUAGGGCGACAGGUGACCGUGACAAGGCCCGUACAGUACUAGUGGUAGACAUAAUGCGGCGGAUAGUCUCCGCAUCUGGGUUGGACCCAGCGAGGGCGCUGUUAGAAGACCUGGAGCAGAGCGACGUAUGGCUGCGAUGUGUCACAUGCGAGACACAGCACCCGCAUAACGAGAUCCUUGCAAUGUCAUGGAAAGGCGCGUUUAGACAUGAGCGUGACCACGUUAUGCAAUGGCAUGUAAACGCGAGGGCUAUUCCGGAGUGGCGACAAGCCGACGGCGAGGACAUGAUCAAGGUGCGCGCGUUCAAAGAGGCGGAAUCGCGGGACGCGAAGUUCGGCGAUGGCAAGUGGGCGUGCUCGCUCUGCACAACCUUUAAUGCGACCGCGAAAGCUAUGGGAAAGCACCUGGAACAGACACAUUCCAUCCCAGAUAUAUACCAGGCCAGGCGGGAUGGCGUCAUCUAUCUUUGGCUGCCCGACAGGUACUCGGUAUACGCAGAUUCUGUCUCCCUCCGCAAACGCAUCGAGCCCGAGGCCGCGUGGGCACACAUUGAAACAUGCGGUCGUUGA